CUCUACCCGCAGACGUCCUCGCGAACGGGGGGCACGCCGCCUCCGCCCGGGGGGACGCCUCCGCCCGGAGUGACGCGCUCGCCCGGAGUGCAGCGCUCGCCCGGAGUGGCGCGUUCGCCCGGCGUAACGCGCUCGCCCGGACAUAGUGCGUACCGCGAUAGCACGGGGAAUUCCGCGAUGACCGCGUAUAACGUAAUGCGGAAAUGGAAUUUGAAGUUCUCGGGAGCGCGCGGGGAGGACGCCGAAACCUUCUUGUUACGUAUCGAGGAGGGUUGCGAUUUAGUCCCGGUAUCCGACGAAGAUAUACUCCGCUGUUUACCGUUCUUUUUGACCGGAAUCGCGUUACAUUGGUUUCGGGGGAGGCGCGACCGGUUGACGACGUGGAACGCGUUUACCGACGCGUGGCGUACCCGCUUCGGAGACCCCGAUUUUCAGUUUGCGCUCCGCGACGAAAUCAUGCGGCGUACGCAGGGGGAGCAAGAAUCCGUGGCGGAUUACUUGACGUGUUUGAGGGCUAUGUUCGACCGACUAUCGCCGCCCUGGAGCGAGGCGGAACAUGUCAGUUACGCGUUUAGAAAUAUGUUGCCGCGUCUGCAAAUUGCCGUGCGUCGGGACGAGGUAGAAGAUCUCGAGGCGUUAGAGUACGUAGCGGCACGCGUGGAAGGGAGCCAUCAGAUGGCCCUACGUUAUCGCGCCCCGCCGACGCCGGAAAAAUCGUUGUUUCCCGAUUUGGCCUAUCGGGCGCCGCGCGGUCAUAACCGACACGCGCCGAAAGCGGAUACGGUAGCCGCGCUAAACGCCUCGUCCGCGAGCUCCACAGAUUCGGCGUCGGGCUCGCGCAAGGAGAGAAAGCGCAAGGGGCGGGCCGCGGAAGAUUCGACCGACGCGGUCGCGGCCGCGUCAACGUCUACGCCAACGAAGGCCACGGGCGCGGGAGCGCGCGCUUCGCGCGUGUCAACAGCCAAGUGCUGGAAUUGUGACGGCGUAGGGCACCUUUCGCGGGACUGUGAGGCCGCGCCGCGAAUGCACUGCUAUCGGUGCGAUCGUGCCGAGGUCACUUUGCGUUCCUGCCCUGACUGUUCGGGAAAAGAGUAGAGGAGUCGACGAGUGAGG